AAUAAGAUGAAAUAUCUUUAUUACCCUUUUUAGCAUUAAGUUAGUUUUGGAUCUCGUUUGAAGCCUCCCUCAAGUUUGACAACCUCAGGUUUGAAGCCUCAAGCCCUUCCUCAGGUUUGAAGCCUCGAGCCCCUCUCCUGCUUCAAACCACCAUCUCUCCUCUGUUCUCUCCCUUCUUCCCUCUCUAUGCCUUCAAAGUAAACCAAACAGUCUCAAAGCCAUGAACCAACACAAGACCGACAACAAUCUCCGUUACAUAGGUGGCCUCACAUGUGUUCUCGCCGCCGAUGUCUCCAUUUCCUUUGUAGAUCCAUCCUGUGUUCCUGAUUUCAACCCGGAUCUCUUGUUCGCAGAUGCUGACGACGAUGAUUUUUCCAUAGCCAAAAGGGAUGCCGCUUCGUCUUCCUCUCUGCGGCUGCCAUUGAAGAAGCUCUUCUUUGAAGAGCGGGAUACGCCGAACUCGGUAAAGUCGUUUUACAACUCAGAAGGUGGACUCAAGUCCUGAUCCAUGAGAGCAACCAGCUUCUGAGUUUGAUCAUCAACACCUUUUACAGCAGCAAGGAGAUCUUUCUCCGUGCGCUCAUCAGUGACGCCUCUAAUCUUUUGCUGCCAUGGUGGAUGGGAAAAGUCAGGAGAUGUCAACUAAAGAAUUGUCAGGAGGAGGCAGGAUCCACUACAUCCUCCAGCCAAUUUUUGUAAAGUGCUUGGAGGAAGUGGACCCCUGUGAUGAUCUAACUGAUGAUGAUAUUCGAAUGGCUAUUCAAAAUGCUUCUGGUGCAAGAAAUGCUUUAUUUGUGCUUGAGGUCCCAUUUGAAUUUUUAGUUAGGAGACAAAAUGCUCGUCUGUUAGACCCAAGCCUUCAGUGUCUUCGAUUUGUUUAUGAUGAACUAAUGAAGAUAAGCCACGCUUGUGAGGUAACUGAGUUGCAAAGGUUUCUAGUAUUGAGAAAGCAUCUAGAUGAAGUCAUGGUAAAAUUUUUGCGCGAUGGUGUAGAACCUGCUGAGAGAAUGAUAGGAAAUCUUAUUGAGAUGGAUGUAUCUCUCUGUUAACCUUAUUACCACUAUAGUUUAUUCACUCAGAAUUAAGAUCUAGGACAUUGUUGCGUGUAUGCUUGUUUUUUGUUAAAUUUGUUUCAAAGAGUCUCAAAAUUAUGUUUAAAUACUGGAAUAUACUAAAAUCUAAUCAAAAUGAGUUGGCAGUAGUAACUGGUAAAAUAGAAAGAGUCAACCUUCCUCAACACUUUGAUAUGGCAUUUGCAACAAGCCAAUUUUGGC